AUGGCCGAACCACCUGAUCCUCGGCCGUCCCUGCCGCUCAUCGAAAGACAGUCAUUAUGUCUCCCAAGCAUCGAGCCCGGCGUGCCCGCCCACUACGGGGAAGAUGGUUUCCUUCAGAACCUUGCAAAACACUUCCCAUCCCAUGAGAACAAUGCUCUCGAAAAGUUGGUGCAGCUGAAGCGGGAAUUGAAGUCGGCCGAUACUGAAUCCUUUUGGCAAAAGCUGAUGGAGGGCAUGACGGAGAUUUGCCAUGCGCAAUACGGAUUCGUUGCAAAAAGGAUACUGUCCGACGACCACCAUUCGGCAGUCGAAAUGCCUCCGUUUGGCGAGUCAGGUUCUUGUCUUCUGGGCGUCGCUUUCUAUUAUAACGACGGUGACAAGCAGAAGGCUAUGCACCGCGACUAUAAGUAUCUUGCUUGGGGUUCGCCAUGCGCCUAUAUGAAGCACGACAAAGUCUUCCUGAUCCCGGAGCACAUGAGUUCGUUCAUCACUCACAACCCUAACGCUCUUCCGUUUCCGGCAGAAGGUUACAUUGGAAUUCCCUUGUUUGCAGAUGGCAAGUGUUUUGCCCAUUUUGGUAUGAUGUGGACACAGGAAGGUCUCGACCGGCGAGAAACUACUUGGAGUUACACCGAACUUUUACUGCAUUCGUUGGAAGACAUGAUUGUUGAACGUCUUUUGAGCGGUCAGGGAUUUGUGAAGCCUCGGAGUCGAAAUCCCAAUACAACCAGACCGUCUCACGUUAUUCCGCGCGAAGCUGUCACUCCUGGAACUCAGUCUCUCAAGCCGUAUGCCAAAAGUUUGUCGCAUGAACUGAGGACACCAAUGCAGGGCGUGGUAGGAAUGCUAGAUGUCAUGCAUGCGACGGUGCAGGAGCAGAUCGAGGGCGCCUCGGAUCCCUCUCUGCGCCAGGUUUUUAGGGCCCUCAGAGAGAACAUCGAGAUCAUCCAAGACAGCGCUAAACGAGCCGUUGAAGCUGCUGAUAACGUCGUCCAUGCGUACGACAUGAAUAUGCAGAUACCCGACACCCCGUCGAAUGAGAACGAAUCACCAGCAACAAUAUCCACCGGCUAUUUCGAUUACAAACCCGCGAGACUGAUUGAAGGGAGUGAUAUCCAUUUCAAUUCAUAUAAACGCCGAAGAAGUAGUCCGACGUCCUGGCACUUCGGCAAUGCAACCAAAAUGCGACAAGUUGGCCCAUCAGCUCGUAUCGACGUAUCUCCCAAAAGCAAUGUGGGCAAGUUUCAACCAACUCCACAAACAUUACCUUCUGACGAAGGCAUUCCCACAAUUGUCGCUCCCGCACAAGAUUGUUUUACACCUGGGGAUCUUCAUACUCCCUCCACCAAGGUUUCUUUAGCAGAAAGUGACGCGUUUCCAACACCAGGGUUGAAACACUGCCGGAUCCGAGAGCUGAUACCCAUGGUGAUCUACGAAUCUUUGCGCGUUGGAGGCAGACCUGAUUCGGCUAUAGGGGAGCCCACCGACUUGGGCGAAAGAAUUGUGGUUAGGUCGCGCUCCUCAAAUGGUCACAUCUCCCAGAAAACCAUCGAAUGGGCAGUGGCUGAAGAUGUACCUGAGACUCUUUUCGCAGACGAACGAGACUUAACCAAAUUGGUAUCAGCCGUGCUGCUAAACGCUAUCAAGUUCACAGAACAGGGCAGCAUUAGUUUGCAUGCCCGACUCUCAAAAACGCACCGAUUUCUGGUCAUUAAGUGCAAGGACACUGGCGAUGGGAUCCCGGAGGAUUUCCAACCCGAGCUUUUCAAACCAUUCUCUCGGGAGGACGAUUCGUUGACCCGGUCAAAAGAAGGCCUUGGCCUUGGUCUUCUGGUUGCUAAAGGAUUGGCGCGUCGGCUUGGCGGAGACAUUGUCCUCGUGGCUUCAGACGUCUCUGGCCCUAACAAGGGUUCUGAAUUUGAGAUCAAGGUGCCUUUUGAACCUAACGAGGGUUCGACAAGUCGUUCUGGUACCCCUAGUAGCAGGACUCCGGAGGGAUCGAAAGUCGCCUCCCAGACACCUGCUACGUUGGCGCCUCCAGAUUUAUCACCCAAAGGCCACAAACAUCCGAGACCUACAAAGAUAUCUAUGCCGUCUACUGAAGGGUAUCGAUCCCGGGGACCACGAACACCGGCGCAGACCAGUCCGCUAAAGAAGGACACAUAUGAUCGGUAUCUCGCACAGAAGCAUCCUCUUACAUUCUUGGUUGCGGAGGACAACAAAAUCAACCGAAGAUUACUCGUGAACAUGCUCGGGAAAUUGGGAUAUACAGAUGUACACGAAGCCUUUGACGGGAAGGAAGCCGUCCGAAUCAUGCGGGAAAUACACAGCAGGGGAAGGACUUGCGGCAAAUCGAACGGGAAACGGUCCGCCAAAAAGGUUGACGUCGUCUUAAUGGAUCUCUGGAUGCCCGAAAUGGAUGGUUACCAGGCGACCGAGCAUAUAUUGGAAAUGUUCCAACAACCUCAAGGCGAGGAUGGAUCCGACCGUGGCCGCAUGUCCCCUCCCAUUGUCUUAGCUGUCAGCGCUGAUGUCACUGACGAGGCCAUUGACCGGGCUACCAAGACCGGGAUGGAGGGAUUCAUGACGAAGCCAUACAAACUGGCAGACUUGCAGAAAUUGAUUGUUGAAUUCUGCGUCCGAAGCGAUGGCGUUAUUACUGCUCCGGGUUGA